AAGCUGCAGUACUUGUCCUGGCAUCCCCAAAUGCGCGUUCGUUUUCCCUAUCCCUCUAUUCUCUCUCUUCACACUCUUCCAGGUACACGCCCUUUGACUUGUCGGGGGGGAAAAGUUUAAGAAAAACUACAGCACGGAAGAGAUUCCACAGACCGUCUAGUUUAGCAAGUUUGCUGGUUCAGAGAGAGAGAGAGGCGGGUUGAAGAGAAGGAAAGUGAGAAUAGCAUAAGAAAAACAGAAAAAAGUUUCGUCGAUUCUUUUUAGGUCAAAAUUUUACGCGCUCAUGGAGGCGGCCAUUAAGACUAUAGUGGAUGUGUAUCUGAAGUCCUCCGGCGGGAAGGACAGCCUGAGCGCCGGCGCCUUCCAGAAGCUGGUCAAGAAGCAGCUGCACAACAUCAUGACGGACACGGACAGCUCCAAAGCCAUUAAGGACAUGCGUCAGGGGCUCGACGACAACCAGGACGGGAAGGUCAGCUUCCCGGAAUUCAUGACCCUGAUUGGCUACCUGUCCACCUCGCUUAGCGAACAGCGCGCCAAGGAGGCCAACCCUGCAGAGACGCCAGAGGCGGGAGAUGGCGCGGCGGGGGACCAGGAGGCCACAUAGACCCCUCAACCUGCAACGGCCAUGCCCACACACCACCGUGUUAACACGUACCAGUUAUAUACCGUAAUAUGCCAAUCAUCAUACCCCAGUAUAUCACUACACACUACACUACAUAGCUCGUAUGAUUAAUCUGUCUAUUGCCAUUUUGCAUUUGCUGCUUAUUGUUUGCCAGUCGAAUAUGCAGAACACUCACAACAAUUAAUGCAAUUUGUUAUAGUUUUUUUUCUUUCUUCCUUAUUCUUUUUUACAUUUUAUUAUUUUUAUUUUUUUUUGCAUUGGGUUGCAUACAGGGGGCAAUCUUAGUGUAAGGUCAAAGGGAAGACUUGGCUAUAUAGCAUUCCUAAAACUGCCGGAGGUGUUCUUCCAGCAAAGCUAAGGUGCUUGGUGAGAACCUUCCAUUGUUCGGACGUCGCGGCUUUUACUGGCCGGAGUACCGCAGUCUUUUGUGCGCUUUUUCGACGCUUAUUUUUAUUUUAGAUAUCAAACAUAAUAUUGUAUUCACACUCGGGCGUUUAGCAGAUGCCGUUAUCCAGUGCUAGUUACGAGUGAAAUAUGAGAAAGCGCGUGAUGCCUUUCAGUUAAAAACCAUACAC